AUGUAUCCGAAUCUGAAUGAAGCAACUAUGCAGGAAGAACAGCGGGAGGGAAGUGUCCACCAGGACACUAGUCUCACUACUAGCAGCGGACAGUGCACUGGAGAGAAGGAACGAGCGAAGGCAGGAAGGAGCUGGGCGAUAAGCAGGGAAUCAGCGCAUAGGGGAGCUGGCAAGACAGUUGAUGACGGAAUGGAUCAGCUCUGGUGCAAUUCCAAAGCUGCCUGUCGAGCUUACGGAUGUCCGGUGCCGGAGCCUUCAACCGACAGAGAAUGGGAUGCAUACAAAUCCAUUCUGGGACAGCUAAGAGAUGGCGGUGUUCCAGUUUACGGGACAUACGAGCGACGGGCACUGCAACCUCAGCGUCAGGCAGGAAUGGGUUUGCAAAUGCAGUUCAGAGAGGAAGUUAUGGAAGAGGCAGGGCCGUCUUUUCAAGAACCGUCCACGUCAUCUCAACAGGUUGCGGUGGAUUCAAUAUACCAUGCCCACUUUUUUGCUGAACCUCGCAGAGAUUUGAUGUUCGCUCACGAGGACGACAUACUCGACUGCGACUACUUCAUACAAGAGUACAUUGUCUCAGAAGAGGGAUGGCAGAGACGUGCGGAUUCCUCACUCAAACUGUGGAGGAAGCUGAAAGAGGACAAACAUCCGAUUUUGAAGGCGUUCAAGGAGGAACUCAAAACAUACGUCCUAGUUGGCACCCAACCGCCACAGAUGAAUGUUUUGAAAGGUUGCGAGGUUUACAGCACGUAUGUUAGUCGAUUCAUGUUGAUAGCAAUGAGAGGACGUCAACGGUGCGGGAGAAUCGUCACUAUAGACGACGCAUUGUUCUCCUACCGUAUGAUCCCGGAUUUCCUGCGCAUAACACAAGAGGCAGGGGUCACUGUCGGGGUCCGGUUGGGUUUCGUAAAAGCAAUGAUUGCAUUCUUCAAGUUUCUGCGAAGGCACGUCGAUCCAAUGAGACAUUACUUGAAGAAUCCGAAACAAGAAGAACGGUCAGCUGCAUCGUUCAAAGGGCUAAUUCCUGCAAGGAAACCAGUGAAGGGCUACGUGGAGUAUGCUGCAAUGCGGGCGGUUGUUGAUCACAGUGUCAUCGACAGUGUAAUAGAAGACAUAAUGAAGAAAUUCUCCAGAAAUGCAAAAGCUCUGCUUCAUGCAGAGUACAAUUUUGUAAUGAGCGCUCUGAUAGCCUACAUAAUGGUUUGCAACGCCACAAGAAAUGAGGCCGCCUACAAAACCAUUUGUGGCAGUGUUGUGGAGGUGAAUACACAAUCGAUGGCCGAACGUGACCACAUCAGCCGUGAAGAGGACCAGUUCUUUUUGCUGUGGAGCGGAGUGCCUGUGUCAUUCUCGUCUGUUUCUCCUCUUCUGAGACACUUCUUCGAAAUCCUCAACUGUGAAGAAAUGGCUAUCACAUGCAAUGCGGUGAGACAUGCAGCAAGCACUUCACAAUUCGACGCCUACAUGGCUCAAAAGAAAGGAGAUACAUUGGACCCAGCUGAUGCAAAUGUAGCCAUGUUGAUGGGCCACACCCAAAAAACGCAGUUGCUUCACUACGUGGACGAUUUCGUAGAGCCUGCUGUGAGAGCAUACCGAUGUUUACAGGCGAUGGCCAGGCGGCAGCAAAACUUGGACGAGAAGGAAGUGUUGGCGGUCAAGCGACGAGUGAAAUUCAGAGGAUUUCAUGUGGUGACAAACGAUUUGUCAGAGGAGGAGGCUGAGCAGGACUGUGGACCUCGGGAACCGAUUUCCGGAGAAGAGAGCGAGGAUUCAGAAGAAUCUGACAUUGAUGACGCCGACUACGUUCCCUCAAAGCCAAUAGCACUAAGUUCGGGUGAAAGCGAUGAAGGACCAAGGAUGAAGCGAUGGAAACCUGUGAAAUUAGAGAAAAGCAGGGAUCCAUAUGAGUUUUUCGAUGAGGACAUGGACGCCAACACAGCACAGGAUACGCCGGAGCCGUCUGUGGUAGAUAUGGAAAGGCCAACGACAAGUAGAGAAGAUAACGACGACUCUCAGUUCGAUGCUCCUUUACCUCAAAAUAUCACUGACAGAACAUCAUUGCUGAAGCGACGAUACCAAGCCAUGUUAGAUGCGCUGCUCGGUAGAUACGACGCUAACUUACCGCUUACAGCAGAGCGUCUGCUGCUGUGGGUAGGAGUACAAAGUGAAGUGCAAGGCUACCUUCCAACUGGACACAUUUUAUCAAAUGGACAGUUUCGAAGCGUUUGUGCAGAGCAACUCAAGACUUUGCACAGAAAAGACGACGGUAAAAAAAUCACUGUUCACUUAGCUUUUCCCGUAGCUUGUACGCAAUUUUCUUUUCAGGUGGACCCAAUGCUCAGAAUUUAUGAGUUCACAGAGUGCAAUCAGCUAUGCAAAUUACUUGCUGUAGCUUCAAAUGCCGCCUACCGGAAAAGCGCCUCAGUCGUACUGUUGUUAAAGUCUGUGAAUGAUCAGUCAGCAACGAUAGUGCUGCUGGGUGAACUGAUCUCUCCGCGGGCACCGAAGGCGUACAGCUCAUGCGUGGGCUUUGUUGAUGGCGACGGAGGAAAAUGCUACCCGGUUCGCGCAUGUACUCCUGAGACAGAGGAAUCGACACUUGUUGAGGAAUUCGGCAGUGCAGAAGUGCUGCACUUUAGAACGAGAAUGAUGAAAUCUAUGAACAAGUCCACAGAGCACGACAGAGUCACUUGUUACACACGGGUAUCUGGUCACCUUAGUCCGACAAGAGAUGUCGAUCGGCAGAACUCGCUAGAGUAA